UGUGUUCUGUGAAUGUCUUUAAUUUCCGUCUUACGUGUUUUGUGUUAAUUUCCAAAUAAUCAUCACAUAAACAUAAAAGUGUAAUGAUAAACAAUUAUCAUUUUCUACCAGUCAGUUGGGAAAACAUAAAAUAUAGAGCUGAUCAUGGAUGCUAAAGUGCUAGCUACUGGAGACAUCAUGAAGAUAGAAACUGAGGAGGUUGGGAUCAAUGCAGUAGAGGCAGACACCAAGCUAUUUCAGCUUGAUAGUGCCCCUUGGAAACUGGAAAGUGAUGACAUUGAAAACACAAAAGAUGCAGUUUUGAAUAGAAUUCCAGUACCAGAAAUUACCGAUCAAAUUAACAUUAAGCAAGAAACUGAUAACUAUUUUGUAGAUGAUCUGGCUUCUAGGUCUGAACACAGUUAUGUUAAGCUUUGGAUGAAAAGUGAGGCAGAAGAAGAACUCAUGGUUGACAGUUAUCUAGGCGACAGCGAAAAACAUCCAGUUAGGGAAAUAAUGGAAGAAUUCAUCAUCAAAGAUCAGUGUUUCAAUAAUGAUGAUACAUUGCUGGAUACAAAUGCGGAAACAGUUUCUAAUAGUGUGUUGAAUCGGGAAAUCCUGAAGAAGCAACACCCUGUACUGUAUAAAAAGUCAAGCAGCAAGUCAUUUAAUUGUCAUAAUUGUAAUUAUUCUGCUAGAUUUAAGAAUCGUUUGGUUCGUCAUAUGAAAGUACAUACAAAUCAGAAAAGUAGAAACAUGCACCGUUUCAGCUAUAAAAAUAACACGUGUAAACAUUGUGAUGUGAAGUUCGUUAACAAAAAUAAUCUAGAUGAUCACGUGAUUAGAAAACAUCCUAAUUUAGUUGCGACCGUUUCUAGUAAAAUUCACAAAUGUUCAUAUUGCGUUUAUAAAACAACCAGUAAGGGUAGUUAUGUUAGACAUAUGUUGAAACACCCCGAGUCGGUACGUAACUAUAAAUUCAGCAUAUGUAUUCACUGUAAUGCGAAAUUCAUACGAAAAACAACACUGAAUGAUCAUAUAAUCAGGAAACAUCCUGACUUUAUUCCAUCCGUUUCUAGUAAAAUUCACAAAUGUUCAUAUUGCGUUUAUAAAACAACCAGCAAGAGUAAUUUUGUUAAACAUAUGAUGAGACAUCCAGAGACAGGAGAUAACUAUAACCUUAGCAUAUGUAUUCACUGUAAUGCUAAAUUCAGUUGCAAAGUAACACUAAAUGAUCAUAUAAUCAGGAUUCAUCCGGAAUUUAUUGCAUCCGUUUGUAAUAAAAUACAUGUAUGUGCACAUUGUGCAUAUAAAACAACCAUCAAGAGUAGUUUGGAUAGGCAUAUGUUAAAACAUCCAGAGACAGAAGUUAACUUAAAAUUCAACAUAUGUAUUCACUGUAAAGCGAAAUGCGGAGAUAAAAUACAUUUGGAUAAUCAUAUAAUCAGGAAACAUCCAGACUUUAUUGCAUCUGUUUCUAGUAAAAUACAUGAGUGUACACAUUGUGCAUAUAAAACAACCCUCAAGAGUAAUUUAGCUAGGCAUAUGUUGCAGCACCCAGAGUUAGUAGGUAAUUAUAAAUUCAGUAUAUGUAUUCACUGUAAUGCACAAUUCAGAAGCAAAGCAACACUGAAUGAUCAUAUAAUCAGGAUACAUCCGGACUUUAUUGCAUCCGUUUCUUGUAAAAUAAAUGUAUGUACACAUUGCGCAUAUCAAACAACCAUCAAAAGUAAUUUUGAUAGGCAUCAGUUAAAACAUUCAACAUAGUACUAUUCACUGUAAAGUGAAAUUGAACCUAACACGUUGACUGCGGCUACCAAUUUCUACCUUCAUUUGGUGUGCGGCACAUGCCUUUGGAGACCCGUGCCUUAUUUUAUUUUUUGUGCGUCACAUGCCUCCUGUGGCAUGUUUGCAUUUAUGACAUGUAGAGACAUCUAGUUCGACCAGUUAAAUUUUUUUUCAAAUAUCAAUGAAUUCUAGUUGCUUUCAUUAAAGAACUGUGCCUGCAUUUUCAAUAGCACAUGCCUCCGGGGACACGUGCCGCAAGAAAACUAAGGAAAAUUUUAGGUUACUUAUAUUUAUUCAUUAUGCAAAAAGUAAACAUAUUUAUUUUAAGUUUAAAUUUGAAAAAACGGUGUAGAACUUAAAAAAAUGUAAAUUAUAUCCUAAAAUUAACUUAGAAAAAAUAGAAACUAAAAAAAAAAACACGAAUAUAAUAUUAUAGCUCAAAAUUAUCAUAACAUUUGUAUUACAUAGUUCAAUUAUGAGCAGCGUUAAAGCAAUUUAAACAAAAUCCAGGUUGACCUGGACAAUCAGAACAAUAUGUUAUAUCCCUUCGAACUUUUUUGUCGAUUUCGCGAUAAUUCAAUCCAGAUUUUUUCAAAAUUUGACGACAACCCUUACAGGGCUUGCGCUUUUUCCUGCCAGGUCCGUCAGGUUUUUGAAAACUAUGCACUCUUUUUUUUGGAACCUUUAUCGUUUCUUCAGAGUUUGGAGAUUUGACUAGGGAAUAAGCUAGCUGACGCCUAAACUCUGUUAUGCUCGAUUUUUCUUUAGCACAUAAGUUAUAUAUUAUUAAGGAAUUCACCACGGAUGUUCCAAGAAUCAGCUCAAACAUGACUUUCCUAAAAAAAAAAAUCAGAAAAUAUAGUAUGCCAUACUUUAAAAUAAUGUAAAAGAAUACUCACCUGUACCACUUCAGGCUUCGACGCAGAACAGUGUGGUAUGCAGACAUUUGGUCUGAAUAAUCGACCCCCUUUUUGGCUGCAUUGUAGUCAAUCACACAUUGGGGCUUAACAACAUCUUCUCCUUUUUUAUUUUUUUUCCAACUGGAAUUAAAUCUGCCUUAUGAGAUGGUACACUACUUAUCAUUAACACCUGCCUCUUGUCCAUCCAUUUAAAAAUCUUGACGUCUCCUUUUUUCUUGGAAAUGAUUUGUCCCCUUUUUAUUUUACUUUUUACAGAAAAAGUUACUGGUAAACCUUUUCUGUUGGCUCGUAAUGUGCCACAGUACAUCAUCUUCUUUUUUAACAGCUGUUUGACAAGGGGGACGCUGGAGUAAAAAUUAUCUGCAAAUAGGAUUUUGCCUUCCUUUGGCUCAACAUUUUCCAACAAUUUUAGUACAAUGGACUGGGAAUGGCCAAGUUCAGCGUUUGUGUCCCCCUUUCCACUGUAUACAAUGACGAAAAAGGUAUAUCCUUCUGGCGAACAGAGCUUGUAAAGUUUAAUCCCAUAUUUGUGGCUUUUGUUUGGGAUGUACUGCCGGAACAGGAGUCGUCCUCUAAAUGGUAUCAUAGAUUCAUCUAUUACUAACGUAUUGCCAGGUUUUAGGGCUUCUUGAAAAUUUUUAAGUAACUUGAAUAUUAUGUUUUGUAUUUUGUAGAGUCUGUUUGCUUUAUCGCAAGUCUCAUUGUUUUCAAAAUGAAGAAAUGAUAACAGCAAAAUAUAACGAUCACGACUAAUUGCACUGGAAAUGAAGUGGUUAUGAUAUAUGUCAUCUUUGGCCCAAUAUAGAUUGAUAUGAGGAACUUGAGUAAGCCCCAUAGCCAGCGUGACACCCAAAAAAAUUUUAAUUUCAUCUCGAUUUGUUGGAGUCCAUUUAUUAAUUCUGGAUUUUCUGGAAUGCUGUUCAGCUUGCUUCUGAGUGGCGAAAAUAUUAGUUUGUUCGACAAUUAAAUCUAAUAUAUCAUCGGUAAUAAGGCAAGUAAAAGCGUCAAUGGGUUCCUUAAUGCCGUUCUUGUCAAUAUUUAAAGUUUACAUUUUUGUGGGACAAAAUUGUCAGUCACAUCGUCAUCAUCUAAGUCACACCACUCAUUGUCACUGGAAUCAUCAGUUUGCUCAUUAUUACUUACAGUCUGAUUAGUCUUAAUGGUCACUGGGGAUGAUUGACGUGAUUCGGAUGAUUGUUCGGAAUCAGAUGAAGAGGAUGAGUCUGGAACAUAGUUUCUGUCACGCAAGGAAUCAUCGCUGCUAUAAGGAUCUUCUACUUCGAGUUCGUCUGUUGAAGAUGGAUAUAUUAUAUUCAUGUCGUCAUCUCCUUCAACUGCAUGCUCCGUUUCUUGAUUUUCAACUCCACCAAACGUAUCAUAUUCUCGGAAAACUUUCGACACCACUCUUUUCGAACUACAGUUCUCAGUGUGUAACACAGCACUUUCUUCUUCAAUUCUGCGGUCCGUUUCUUGAUUAUCAGCUCUAUUACCACCAAAGGAAUCAUCUUCUUGAAAAACUUCCGACACGACACUUUUUGAACUACCGUUACCAUUUUGCAUUAUAUCACCUGAGUUCUCAUCAACUUCUGCAUGACUCAUUUGUUUUCUGGCAAUUUCUACCAUAUAUUUCGCUCUUUCAGACAUCUUUUGUUCAAUUUAAACACCCUUGUUGUAUUGUACACAAAUCACAUAACCUCAAAAACAAACAGGUUGCAGUAAAACUACACAUGCCUCCGGUGACAUGUGUCGCACACAAAGUAAAUUUCAUUACUUGUGUGCGGCGCAUGCCACCGGAGGCAUGUCCUGAAAAAAACAUAUUUUGUAAUUAUAGAUUAGUUCCUGAUCACAUAGGUAUAUAUACGGAAAAAAUUGGGUAAGGAAUAAAGUUUUUAUGACAUCCGCACCUAACGAAUAUCUGCCCAAAUAUCAUUCAGCCUAGUAGUAAAGAACGAAACAUGCCCCUGGUGGCAUGUGUCGCAGCCAACGUGCUAAAUUGCCUGUUCUGUGGCCGGAGUAGGAAGGGGGAAGGAAGGGGAUGAAUCUCAUUGUGGGUGUCGCAUCGUCCCGUUUCUAGAUGAGGCCAUCAUUUGGAUAGAUGAGCAUCGCGGCUUCACUGUGCGUACGUUUUUUGAAAGUGGUCGCUCCGUCAUCGCCAUGCAUUACGGUCCCUAGCGGUAAGACAAUUAGUUGUUGGCCCGUACAUUGGAAGAAACUGGAUCCACUACAAGAGCUAAGGCAAUUGGAAGACCCAGAUCUGAUACGCGAAAGUCUGAGGGCAACGGUUGAAUUGUCACCAAGGCGCUCGGCUCGGAGGCAUGCGAUUGCUUUGGAUAUGUCUGCUCGCUCUUUAAAGAGAAUUCUGCAUGAAGAACUCUCAUUCCAUCCCUAUAAAAUCAUGACGCCGUAUGAUUACCGUGUCAAUCGUUGUCAAGAAAUGCUUGAACGAAUCCCCGAAACAUCAACCUUUCUCAACAACGACGAGGCCCACUUUCACCUCUCUGGGACUACGAUAAAUAGAAUCUUCUUUUUUGAGCCACAAUUCUAACAAUUGAGUGACAAAACUAAUUUACGAGAUCUGUGGCUCCAACCAGAUGGGGCUACAGCACACACAGCUCAGAUUUUUAUAGCGAAAUUGAGACGAGUGUUUCCUGGUCGUAUCGUGUCUUUGAACGGUGACUUGGGAUGGCCAGCGCGCUCGCAAGAUUUAAGCAUAUGCGACUUUUUUCUGCGGGGUUAUUUGAAGGAGACAGUUUUUAAACAUCGCCUCCACACUUUAGACGAGCUAAAGACCCGAACUGUUGAGGAAACAUCCACCAUACCCCCCAUACCCACUGUUGGAUGUUAGUUUGUUUACAUAGUGCAAUGUAGUUCAACCAAAAAUCCUAUUAUUUCUAGUUCGAAAAAAUAUGUAAGGGCAUGUAGAAGUGCUAAUAAGCAGACAAGGCGAGUCCUGAAUUAGUUUGUGUCCUGCUGCUUUUUGAGAUUAAGCAAAUUUGAACUCGGUUCCUUUGGCGUGCUCCUGGUUGGACUUUGAACCCUAUUCAACCACAGCAUUUGACAUUUGACUGUACGGAUGUUGCCCAGAUGUGAGUAGUUUUGAAUUUGUCGAGUUAGCCAAGCUCAAAAGUUCUUGAAACCAUGAGUAAUUCAGGGGAUAUAAGAAGCGGUACCAGCCGCUCUACUAGCACGUCAUGUGACUGUGCCAAUGUGGCUUCAGUAUUAGCAGAUGCAACGACGAAAUUAGAUGCUUGUUAUAAGAUGAUAAAAAAUCAGAACUCCAAAAUUGAGGAACUCAGCUUAGUCAUAGCUGAGCUUAGUAAUAAAUUUGAUGAUGCCAUCCUAAAUUAAAACACCCCAAAGCAAGCACACCCGGUCACUUAUAGCGAUGCUGUCAAAGGUGAAAAGCCUAGGGAACAUAUUCUAUUUGUAAAAUCAGUUAAAGCUAAUGACAGUGAAUUACUGAAAGAGCAGCUGAUGAAUAAAAUUGCACCAGAGCAACUACAGGUCGGUGUCCAGAUGGACAGAGCCUCUAACAAAUGCAGUAUUGCCCUUGAGUGUGACAAUCCACGAUCACGUGAAAAACUUAAAACCUAGAUUGAAACCAGUAUGGGAGAUGAUUGCAUGGUAUCUAUGGCAAAAAAGAAGAAUCCUAGAAUCAAAAUAGUUGGUGUGCCUGCUACGAACAUCGAGUCAGAAGCAGAUUUAUUUAGAAAUAAAUUAAAGGCCCAAAACAACAUAAGCGCUGAGUGCACUUUCAAUAUAGUUUACAAAUAUCCAGCUAGGAAUGGCAAGAUAGAUAUUGUAGCAGAAACGGAUCCUUCAACUUUUCACAGAUUCUGGCAUGUAAAUAAAGUGAAUAUAGGUUGGAGCAGGUGUAGUGUUUUUAAGCAUCUUUCCAUAGUGCGAUGUUUUAAAUGCUGUGAAUACGGUCAUGUGCAAAAAAGUUGUGUGAAAGAUAUUGUUUUGCCCUCUGUGUAUGGGUAAUCACGAGAGAAAAUCCUGUAAACGUCCUAGUCUUAAGUGUGUCAAUUGUGUAGUUUUUAAUGAAAAAAAACACAAAAAAAAAUAUAGAUACGUGUCAUGCAAUUUGGGAUAAAAAGUGUGCCUCUUUAAAAAAGGUUUAAGAUAUAGUUCGUAACAAAACGAACUACUGUCAGUAGUUUUUUUUCAGGGUUAAAUUUAAAUUUAGCAAAACAGUUUUUUAUCGUCACUUUUAAUCCCAUACGAACUCUUUUUUAUAAACACUUUUUAUUCUUUCUUCUCAUAACCUCUCACUACAUUUUUUGUUUGUUUUUUUCUGAAUAUUUGAGCGAUCUUUUAGAACUGAUAAACAUGUAUGAAUUUGAUGUUAUUGCAAGUGAUGAGCAUAAUUUAUUGAUUGGCUUUCUAAAUGUGAGAUCCUUGAUUAGCUCCUUCAGUGAUAUUAGGGAUUACGUUUUGCUUCAAAACUUCGAUGUGUUUGGUUUAACAUAAUUAAUGGCUUAAGCCUGAAGUUUCGAACCAGCAUAUUGAUAUUGAGGGCUUUCAAAUUUUUAGAUCAGACAGAUUUGGCAAAAGAGGUGGUGUAACUCAAAAAGCCAAGUUGAAACAGGUCUAGAACAACUAUGGGUUAAAAUUAAAAUUAAUAAGCACGUAUAUGCAACUGGUAUUGUUUAUAGACCACCGUCGGUAGAUUUCUCAGCACUGUUAGAUCUGGAAACAUCUUUGGAGGACUUUCAUUUGAAAGUAGAUAGCAUAAUUUGUAUGGGUGACCUCAAUAUUAAUUUUUUAAAUAAGUCUAGUUCAAGUUAUGAUUUCCUAAGCAACAUAUUGAGAGACUAUGGACUAGCUCAGAUUGUUGAAGAACCAACCAGAGUUACCAAUUUCACCUCUACACUGAUCGACGUGGCUUUUGUUAGUCAAAAUGUAUCAGUCGCUAAAACUGGCACUGUUAACUUCCCUUCGAUAUCCGACCACCACCUUGUAUAUUUUUGCGUAUAAUCACUACCUGUCGCCAGCAAUGUUAAGUAUAUAGAGACAAGAAAUUUAAAGAAUAUGGACAUGCACCUUUUCAUUACUGUCGCCUCUUCUCUCUACUGAUCAGGUGUGAUCCAUCAUCCUGAUAUUAAUUCUAAAGUUGAGUAUUUGAAUAAACUAAUUCUAUUUGUUUUAGAUGCAUGUGCUCAUCUGAAAUACAAGAAGGUGUCCAAAAGGUCUUUCCCUUGGAUAAUACGGAACAUUCGUCUCAUGAUGAAACUAAGAGAUAAAGCUUAUUUCAGCUAUAAAAACUUGAAAAAGAAAAAUUUUAAAAAAGAAGUCAUUGAACAAAAAUGGAUUUAUUACAAACAAUUACAAAAUUUAGUAAUCACCUGUUAUUCCCCUAACAAGUUAUUUUUAGUAAAGCUAUUUCAAUCACUUGGUAUUCCCUAACAAGUAAUUCUUAAAAAAGCUAUUUCAAUCACCUGUUAUUCCCCUAACAAGUUAUUCUUAAUAAAGCUAUUUCAAUCACUUGUUAUUCCC